GUGUCCCCCCGGGGUGUCCCCAGGCACAACGACAACAAAACGUUCCUGGUGUGGGUGAACGAGGAGGAUCACCUGCGCGUCAUCUCCAUGGAGAAGGGCGGCAACAUGAAGGAGGUGUUCCGGCGCUUCUGCGUCGGCCUCAAGAAGAUCGAGGAGAUCUUCAAGCAGGCCGGGCACCCGUUCAUGUGGACGGAGCACCUGGGCUACAUCCUGACGUGCCCGUCCAACCUGGGCACGGGGCUGCGCGGCGGCGUCCACGUGCGCCUGCAGCACCUCAGCCAGCACCCCAAGUUCGAGGAGAUCCUCAAGCGCCUGCGCCUGCAGAAGCGCGGCACAGGCGGGGUGGACACGGCCCCGAUUUCCGAGCAGAUUUUCGUGUGGAAUUGGGCCGAUUUCCGGGCAGAUUUUGGGUUGAAUUGGGCUGAUUUUCGGGCCAAUUUCUGA